UCUUCCUCGUUGUGUGUGCGUGUGUGUUGUGUGUCGGAUAGAAAGUCAGCCUGGUUUCCAGCUGAGUGCUUGCUCUCUCACAGUGUGUGUGUGUGUUGUCAUUAUUAUCCACUCUGCUCCCAGCUCAGAAUGGCCAGAUUCACUCAGACUGAAACAAGAAGGCAGCACCAUCCACAGCAGCCCCAGCCCUCUCACUCCAGCCUGGUUUUCACCGGACCGGGGGCACCACCGACCCAACAACCACUACUACUUAUCCCACAUCAGCACCAGUACCCUCAGAUCACAUUUCCGAAACCCAUGAACGGGUCAGAACCCAUUUCAAUUCAUCCGGAGAGCGGCAACAUGAAAGACCAAGAUGCCAUUAAACUGUUUAUCGGGCAGAUACCGCGGAACUUGGAAGAAAAAGACCUGAAACCCCUGUUUGAACAGUUUGGGAAAAUCCACGAACUGACAGUUCUCAAGGACCGAUACACCGGCAUGCACAAAGGUUGUGCAUUUCUCACCUACUGCGCCCGAGAGUCGGCCAUAAAAGCCCAGAACGCCCUCCACGAACAGAAAACACUGCCAGGGAUGACUCGCCCCAUCCAGGUGAAACCAGCUGACAGCGAGAGCCGUGGAGGUAAAGACAGGAAGUUGUUUGUUGGGAUGCUGAACAAACAACAGACCGAGGAGGACGUCUACCGCCUCUUCGAGCCUUACGGAGUCAUCGAAGAGUGCACGGUCCUAAGAGGUCCUGACGGAAACAGCAAAGGUUGCGCCUUCGUUAAGUUCUCCACACACACCGAGGCUCAGUCUGCAAUCAGCGCGCUCCACGGCAGCCAGACUAUGCCAGGUGCUUCCUCUAGCUUGGUGGUCAAAUUUGCCGACACAGACAAGGAGCGCACCAUCAGACGUAUGCAGCAGAUGGUUGGACAGUUUGGCAUCUUUAACCCAGCCAUCGCCCUUCCCUUCAGCACCUACAGCUCUUACGCACAUGCGCUCAUGCAGCAGCAGGCAGCCAUCAUGGCAGCAAGCCACGGAGGUUACCUCACGCCUAGUGUGGCUUUCCCCGCCACACAGAUCCACCAGAUGGGGGCGCUCAACAUCAACAGCCUCCCGCCCACCCCCAUGACCCCGGUGUCGGGUGAGUUUCAUCAAACCCUGGCAGGCCUCAGUUCUCCACCAGCCAACAUCACCACCUCCGCUGUACCCAGCAUCGUCACGCCUAUCGUCAACGGAUUCACCGGCAUCCCUCAUCAGCCCAACGGACACCCUGCCGUGGAGACCGUGUACACCAACGGCCUGCCGCCCUACUCCACCCAGAGCCCCACUGCUGCCGACACCCUCCAGCAAGCCUUCACUGGUGUACAGCAGUACACAGCGAUCUACCCGGCCACUACGCUGACUCCCAUUGGCCAAACGCUGCCCCAACCACCACAGGUCAUCCAGCAGCAGCAGCAGCAGAGAGAAGGUGAGGGUCCAGAGGGUUGUAACCUGUUCAUCUACCACCUGCCACAGGAGUUUGGAGACAACGAACUCAUGCAAAUGUUUCUGCCCUUCGGUACCGUCAUCUCCUCUAAGGUCUUCAUGGACAGGGCAACCAACCAGAGCAAGUGCUUUGGUUUUGUGAGCUUUGACAACCCUGCUAGCGCACAGGCAGCUAUUCAAGCCAUGAAUGGCUUUCAGAUUGGGAUGAAGAGGUUGAAAGUCCAGUUAAAGAGACCGAAGGAUGCCAGCCGCCCUUACUGACACAGCCUACCUUCAGUAUUCAUCGCAGCAGCACAGGUUUUAGAGGACACGUGAAGAUAUUAUCUUUGGAGGAGUUCAACUUUUUUUUUCUCUCUCUUUGAAAGCAAAAUAUGUUUUAAAAAAAAUCAACACAUAUGGAAUUUUUGAAGACAUAUCAGCAUUUACUUAUGAAGAUCUAGGUUACGGCAGAAGAGGAAGAUGCGAAAUGAGGAGGCGCUUCACCGGGGGACGUUAACAGUAACAGAUGGCACAGUGCAAGAAAGACGAGAAGAAAAAAAAACUGAAAAAAAGAAGUGAUGAAACUGAACAACAGAACUUUUUCUUGUUGAGACUUGAAUUGUUAAUUAAGCAACAAACUAACAAACGAAAAGCAGCAACAACAAAUAGAUUUCUAUAUACAUAUUAUAUACACACAUAUAUAUAUAUAAGGAAAGAGGCGCUUGUGGCUUUUACUGUACUGGACAAAUGAGGGUUCAAACUUGAAGAUCAAAAAAAAACCAGUGGAAAAAAAGAAACUAUUCUAUAUGUCCACUGACAGACUUUCUUUCACUUUCCCUCUUUCUCUUAUUCUCUCCCCGUCUCUCUCAGCAAGCGCAGAAGUGCAGCCACUGAGGUUUCCAUUAGCAACAAUAGGACUGCAAAUCUUUCACCCCUAAGGGACCAAAGGACCAAACAUUUUUAUUGUUCUGAACAGUAAUAUAUAGUAUUAAUGAUACUAAUACUGCAAACUACUACUAAUAAUAUUACAAGUUAAACUUAAGAAGAAACACUAGCUUCAGGUUGAAAAAAAAAGAGUAAGGGUUUUUGAUUUUUUUUUUCCUUUUACAUUUAUAGUUACUGGGUUUGAAAAUAUUAAAACAAAACAGAAAAAUGUAUUAAAAAAAAGUAAAGCUAUACUAUUUUAGUGCCGUAGAAUAUAUGGGUUAGACAUUUUUUCGGGCAUGUUCAGAUAUAUUCUUUUGCCUCUCGUUACGUCAUCCGCAUCGCAGCAUUUCAUCUCGGAAGCGUGAUCCGUCUGUGUUAUUGUGUCAGAAGAAGAAGAAAGCAGUCCUUUAGUGCCAAAAGUGACACAGUAACCUUUUCUCAAAGCAGACAUCAAAAGAACCAGAGCGUAUUUAGCCAAGCGUUGCUGUCCUCUGUUCUUGCCAGCGUGUUGCGGUUCCAUAAUUGAUCGUCAUUGCGACUCAUUCCAUGUCAUCAUUAAAGCCUUGAUAGUACAGAUAAUCUGACCAUAAAGCACUGUGGUAAAAGUGCCACCCGGCUGAGCUGGAUACGCAGCAGUAAAACAGCACAGCAUCUGUAACUGCUUAAUAAAAUAUACAAAUGAGCCUGACAGCAGUUGUAAAAAUUUCCAUCGGCGUGUCACAGUGGUCCCUCCCGGGUCGUGCCCUCUUCCACUGCCAAGCUCCUCCAGCUGCUCUCAGCAGGCGGGAGCAGACUCCCCUACUAUUUCUCCUCCUCCCUCCUGCUUCUCUUUCCUCACCUCCAAGUGCCAGCAUAUCUCUCUUAAUAGGGACCAUCGGUUCACGGGUGCCCCAAAGCUAACCCGCAGCAUAAUUAGGGUAAUGAUAAUAUUGAUUAGAUGGGGAGCAGCACCGCAGGGCGAGAGAUGCGCAAUCAAUUACACAUUGGCAUUUUGAGUGAAUUGACUGAGUGACAGAGUUCAUUUCUCUCUCAGUAGCUGGAUGUUUUUCUCCCGUGUUGUCAUCCAGAGUCCCUGAAGGAAUCCCAAAACGCAGAACGGCAGCGUGUCCCGUGGGACACUUUGAAGGCACUUGGAUCGGUGUCAUUAUGGUAAAGGGUGGAGGCAUGGAGAUCUGUAUAUAGUGCUUAGAGGAGAUUGUACAUGUUCUUCAGUGAAGAGCAACUGUAUUAUUUUUUGAAAGGGUAUAAUAGCACAGUGCGAGCUUCUACACAGAGAGAAGAAGCCUUGGCAUUACCAGCCUUAGGAGGUCAAAUUAAGAGCAAAAUGAUCCAUCAAUUAGACAGCAGCGGGCCUGUAAGUGUAGCUGCUACAGCUGCUGCUGUUUCAACAGGAUGACAGCUUACCAUUAGUGCUGGUCACACAUGGCUCCUGUGCAGUGUGGUCACGACACAUCAAGCCUGGAUGAUACGGUUAAAUAACCAAACUCGUGUUAUCUGUUCUUCUGUUUUUGCAAAGAGACACACAUUCAAUGCGUCCGAGAUGAAAUCUGAUGCACCGUUUGUUUUUUUUCUAUUUCACUCAUCGAUUUGUUGAGUAACACUUACAUUCUUUAUUUCAAUAUCAGAUUCAUUGACUCAGUUUACACUCUGAAGCAUCGUACCCCUCAGGACUCUGAGAGAUCUCAGCACUCUGAUCAUCGCUCUAAACUUCAGACACAUCAGUGCUUCAGACAUGUAAUCACAAUGCUGUCCCAUACACUAAAGCGUCUUCAGAUAGCAUGACCACUGCGUAUGCCUCUGUAGUCUGGAAUAAUGAUUUUAUCCUCCAGAAUGAUUCUCCAGAUCCUGAUGUCUGCAUACGUUCAUUUAGUGUUCCUUUCACCCAGCAAUUCUUUCUUUUUUUCUUUUAUUUGUGUGAUUAAUGUUCACUGGAUCAGUAUUAUAAAAAAAGGGGGGGGGGGGGGGGGGGGGGUGCAUCAUUUUCAGUAGACUAGGCGUAAAUGUUAUCCCCGGUUACUAUGUGUGUUUUAUUCUGUUGCAAGCAGUAUUUAGAUGCGCUAAGAAGGAGUUCUUUGAAAUGCCUUUUCUCGUCAUGAAUUGCCAAAUUAUGCAAGUUUAACCACCACAUUUCCUCACCUGACUGAAAACUUUGUGCCAGACUCUUUUUUUUUUUUUUUUUAAAUCUACUCUUAUAAAUACGGUAAUUUUCAGGAAAUAUUUAGUGGAAUAAAAUAUUUGAUUUUGUGAAGUAGUAUAAUAUUGUAGGGGGAGGAUCAGUUCAGGAUGUAGUGAUAUAUAAUGUACAUUUUCAGUAAAAAGGUUAGAUUUUUAUAUAUUUGCCUGAGGGCGUCGUCUUUCCCCUGAGAAGUCACUCUUAUUCUCUUCUCACAGCUUUAGGGAGCUGUGAUAUAUGCCCUCCCUUUUCCCCAGGUGAUGCCGGGCCAUGUGAACCCAGCCAAAAUAUCUUGUCUCAUGGGAUCUCUACUGGAGAUGGAGUCAUUAAAAAGAAAAUAGAUUUGGCCAUCGCAGAAGCUCGCAGAACGUCUCGUUUCUGGUCAAAAGAAAAGAGAUGAAUUUGACUAAAUUACAAUGACUGUCCUGUUUUAUAUGUAGUGCAUAGGCCUAUAUAUACAUAUCUAUAGAUUCAGAAAAGAGAAAGGGACUACAAUCCCACCAACAAUAAUUUGUUUUCCAAUAUGUAAGUUACUAAUUAUCAGUAAUUAUCCCUGUAGUUUUAAAAUUAGAGUGCAUGUGGUCAAGCUAAAGUCAAUCUUCUACAUUAUUUUCACUCUUGCAUCCAUUUAUUUAUUUAUUUGUCAUGUUGCCAUUGUGCCCUUUUUGAUCUCUGAGCAUGCUCAAUGGGGGCUUGGGGGCGUUAAAGAUUAUGAUUAUGGUACUACUCAUAUUAACAGUAUGAUUCUUUAACUAUGGUUUGAAUGCUAAGGAUAGUAGCUUAUUAUAAAUAUGAAAUCUGUAAAUUAUGGAAAAUCAGCACAGGACCUUUCUUUGGGUACGUACAGUUUGGGGUAUGAAAUGGGUGAGGGGUCGGGGGGGGGGGAGGGUUUCGCUUUCUAAAGAUAUUAACUUUCUGGUUUCUCAGCACAAAGCGUACAAAAAGCAUAGAAACAGCAGUAUGGAGUCUGUGAGUAGACUUUACUGAAAUACAGGGCGCAAAAAGAAGAAUCUCAGUAUUAUUCUUUUAACCCGGAGGAGAAAAUGCUGUUUACAGGUAGUAUUGUUUUUCUUUUUUUAUUGAAGAAAAAAAAAAAGGAGAGCGCCACCUGUUUUUGUGGCAGCGUCAGUACAGCAUGGAAUAACUGACAGGGAAAGCAGUAUCUUUUUAUAAAAAAAUAAAAAAUAUGGAAAAAAAAAUAUGUGUUCUGUAUUAGCCUGAGAAACCAAACAUUUUUCCCCUGUUGAAAUUUCUUAAUACUUGCUGCUUAGAUUACUUCAUAUUAAUGACUGAUGAUUUAAUAAUUUUAUAAUUAUCGGGUCAAAUAUGUAAUUUGAUGUUUAUUUAUUUUAUUUAUUAUUUAUUUUUCUUAUUUAUUUUGCCAGUUUUAUUUAUUUGAUUUUACGGUUAUGGUAAGAUAAAGAUAUGUAUCAAAAAAGAAAUGCUUAUCGAGGCUUUUCUCUCUUUCUCUCCUUUUUUUCCAAUUUUACAAUAAAAAUUCAAACUGGA